GGUUAAACUUAACCGACAUGCAAACAUAAAACAGAUAUUAAAUUUCAACUUCUUAUUCGGUUUAUGACGCUAAUAUAUGUCUUUUUAAAAAUCGUUAAUUUCCCUGUCUGUAUCGACAAGCAUUUUCACCCUUAGUUACCAACAUUCAGGUGUAAACAUAAAGGUAUCAACUUGGAUGUGAUUAUUGAUGGUGAUCGCAACCGAAUCAAUACCACAUUUAUACUGUUUUAGUCUGACCUAUUGAUUGGAUUAAGAUUGCAAUUGAACAGAACAUAGCUGACAAACACAGAUAUGUCUUACGACCGGUUCGGCGGUAUUUAUUCGUACCCUGGUUAUGGAUAUGGAUACGGAAACAGGUACGGCUCAAGUUCUAGAUAUGGGAGCAAUUAUUACAAUAGAUGGGGUAGCAGUGGUGAUGGAAAUAGCUAUACGUCGCCAUACAAUAGAAAUUAUAGGUAUGGACGCAGAAGGCGGAGGCCCAACUACUGGGAAAGAAACAGGCCAUGGUACAACAAUUAUAGAAGAUAUCGAAACACAAGAUCCCCGUCACCUGCAAGAGAAGAAACACGGCCACCACCUCCUCCUCCAGAAGUGCCGGAAGUACCGGAAGUGCCGGAGGAUGAAUUGGCGAAAGAAUUAUUUGUUAAAGAUGUUGACCUACAUAUUGGUAUGAAUGCUAAAAAACACAGAACUGAUGAAUAUACUUGCACGCAAGGAAAGGACGCUGAACUUAUAGUACGCCGAGGAGACAAAGUGAAAAUGACAAUAACAUUUGACCGACCUUAUAAUAAGGAGAAAAACGAUCUGAAACUUUGCUUCUCUUUGGGACCAUCCCCUAAAGCAAACAAAGGGACUCUGGCUUUGUUUGAAAUUGAUGAAUCCGGAAAAGAAAAGUUUGGAUUGGACAAAUGGGGCGCUAAUUUGACCAGCAGAGAUGAUGCAAAAUCUGAAAUAACAGUUAUGGUUUCUAUUCCUGCUAACUGUAUUAUUGGAGAAUGGAGCUUCUUUGUCAGGACAAUAAGUGAAGGGAAAAGUGAGGAUGGCAAACCGAAGGAAAUUAUUGGCAAAGAUUUCCAGCUCGAGGAUGAUAUUACAAUCUUGUUUAACCCCUGGUGUAAAGAUGACCCUGUCUAUAUGUCAGAUGGUGAAUUACUUGAGGAGUACGUUUUGAAUGAAAAUGGUUCUGUGUGGCGAGGCAGCUAUAAUACUCUCUCUCCCAAACCAUGGAACUACGGACAAUUUGAGACGGAUAUUCUUGAUGCGUCGCUCUCUCUUAUAAGGUUAGGAUUUGGUGACAAAUUGAAGCCGAUGUCUGACCCUGUCAAAGUUAGUAGGAUGAUUGCAAAGAUGGUUAAUGCAAACAAUGACAACGGUGUGCUAAUUGGACGAUGGGGUAAAGAUUAUUCUGGCGGUGAAGUACCUUGGUCCUGGGUGGGCAGUCUUAAAAUCUUGCGGAAAUGGAUAAAAGAUGGUCCAGUGAAGUACGGGCAGUGCUGGGUCUUUGCCUGUGUCGCCACAACAGUUUGUAGGGCACUCGGCAUACCUUGCAGAACUGUAACAAAUUUUGAAUCUGCUCAUGACACUAACGGUAGUAACACUGUGGAAACCUAUUUUAAACCUGGAUCUGGUGGUUUUCUUGAAAAGGAUGAACAUCACCGUGAGAAUGACUCUAUCUGGAACUUUCAUGUGUGGAAUGAAGUCUGGAUGGCUCGUAACGACUUACAGGAGUUUACAGAACAUGGUUGGCAAGUAAUUGAUGCAACACCGCAGGAAUCAAGCGAUGGUUACAUGCAGUGCGGACCAUGUCCAGUUCGGGCUAUUAAGAAUGGCGUUUGUACUGUCAACUACGACUGUGGAUUUAUCUUCACUGAAGUUAAUGGUGAUGAAAUCCAUUGGAUAACUUACCCGGACGGUUCGGAAGAAAGGAAACGGAUCAUCAAAGAUAGUGUUGGUAAGAAUAUCAGUACUAGAAAACCAGGAGAGCAAACAGAAAGACUGGAUGUCACAAACGAGUAUAAGUAUAAAGAAGGAUCGAAGGAAGAAAGGAUAGCGGUAAUGAAAGCUCAUGAAACAGCACGAUUUCCAAAUCCAGAUACAUAUGCAAAUGUAGAAAAAGUCAAGCCAAUCAAAUUCGACCUUAUACUGAGGGAUGACGUCAUGAUAGGCAGCAUCAUGCCAAUCAAGUUGGUGGCGAAAAACGAAGCGUCAAGAGAAAGAACAAUUACCAAAGGAGAAAUUAUAGUAUCACAAGCUGCAUACACAGGUCAUACAGGAAAAGAUAUCCUGAAAGAAGAGUUUGGUCCAGUUACACUGAAAGCUGGGGAAGAGAAAAUCUUUGAAGCGCGUUUGCACCCAGACAAAUAUUUAGACUAUCUAGUGGAACUAGCAAACAUUGCCAUUGUCGCUGAAGCUCAAAUUGAACCUAUUGGUGGCAGGGACGAUGAAGAAGAAUUUUACAUGAAAAGGGCAUCUAGAUUCCGGCGACCGGAUCUGAAAAUCGAGGGUCCAAAGACAGCGAAGGUUGGUGAUGUCGCGAAGUUUACCGUCAUCUUAGAGAAUCCACUUGACAAACCACUGACCGGUUGUAAGAUCUCAAUGGAAAGUGUUGGCUUUGACGACUUCGAUCUAAAAGAUGUAAAUAACAUCAAACCUAAAGAGGUCUGGAAAAUGGAGUUCCCAUUGAAAACUGUAAAGGCAGCGAGACAUUCUGCGGUAUAUUUCAGCUUCGAGUGUGAGGAAAUUCCAGAUAUUUCUGGAUACUCAAUUAUUAAAAUAUCUGCCUAAUAUGCACUUUACAGUAGAAUAUUCGUGGGCGUACUAAUUCAUUAGUAACAAGAAGUUGUGUUUUAUUUACGCCUACAUAUAUUAAAAAAUUCUGCAGUGUAUCAAGUGCUUUUAUACCUUUGAUGCGUUGUGAAUAGCUGAGUCAGAUAUUUUGACUGAUAUUCAUAUAGAUUAUUAAAUAAUGUUGAACAUUUUGCAUACAGCUUCUGUGAUAUUAAACUAUUCUUAUAACUUUUUGCUCACAAAAUUUGUUUUGGAAAAAAAACACAAUUGUAUGAAUUGUGCCUGAAAUAACCUACUUUGUCAUAUUUUAUCUAUACUUAUUUAAAUAUCUUUCUUCCUUUCGAACUUUUGCUGCGACUGUGAAAAGUUGCCUCGAACAUAUAUCAUUCGUAUACUGUUGUUUAUUCAAAUCACUCCCUAUAUUUUUUUCUAAUACAUUUUAGUAACAUAAACUCCGAUGAUUAUGAACUUGAAUUGAAUGUUGAAGUUAUAAAGAUAAGUCUUUUUUUUAAAUACUCAUAAAACAGCGAUUGAGGUUUUUCUUUACUUUGUAGACUUUCUUUCCAAAGACAAAACAUCAUCGAAAAUAGUGACAAAAUUGUUUUGAGUAACAUUGUAAAUAAAGUGACAUUAUGUUUAUUUUGUGAUUGUUAAGUUCAGCUGAAUUGACUAUAUAUUUCAAUCAAUUGACUGUUAGAUUACAUAGAUUACCGAGAAGUGAUUGGUCAACAGUUGGUACAUAAAUAAAUGUUAAAAUUAAAAUACGAAUUUGCCUUCAAUAUACAAAGACUAUCCCACUCUUUUUCUAAAGUAAAAGUUACGGGUAUUUACCCAGGAAUCUUUAUAGAAAUUACAUUGGGCCACGUAAGUUAUUUAUUGUUCAUUUGAAAUUUAUUAUAAAAUUGAAAGUAAUUAUGGCAAAAGAUAAACAUUCACCUGUUCGCUUAACAUAUACCAUUGGAUGAACAUAAUGUCACUUUAAAGAGGCAUAAGUACUUAUAUUUAAACUGACCAAUUGGUCUGCUCAAAUGUAAAGUGAUAUACCAUUUUUCUAUUUGUAAAUGUAUUAAAAUAAAUGAUACGUAGA